AUGAUCUCACGCGUAGAAUACAUUCACUCACGCAACUUUAUUCACCGCGAUAUUAAGCCUGACAAUUUCCUGAUGGGCAUUGGUAAGCGUGGGAAUCAAGUGAAUGUGAUUGACUUUGGUCUUGCGAAGAAGUACCGCGAUCCUAAGACUCACCUUCACAUUCCUUAUCGAGAAAACAAAAACCUUACUGGUACUGCACGUUACACAUCGAUCAACACCCACCUUGGUGUCGAGCAAUCGCGUCGCGAUGAUCUUGAGUCUUUGGGAUAUGUGCUGAUGUAUUUCCUGCGUGGCUCUCUUCCUUGGCAGGGCCUAAAGGCAGCCACCAAGAAACAAAAGUACGAGCGUAUUAUGGAGAAAAAGAUGAUGACUCCUACUGAAUCUCUAUGCCGCGGCUUCCCGACGGAGAUGGCUAUAUACCUCAACUGUUGUCGUUCGCUCCGUUUCGACGACCGGCCGGAUUACAGCUACCUUCGGAAACUUUUCCGUGAUUUGUUUGUGCGUGAAGGAUACCAGUACGACUAUGUAUAUGAUUGGAGCAUCCAACCUAGGGACCGUGUCGAACACCCGUCUCGUGGCUUGCCUGCUGCGGGCCAGACCGGGGCUCCUGAAGACGUGGGAGUACAGAAAGCCACUGUCGCGGGUCAGACACAGAGGCGAAAAGUUCUGCCCCAGGAUCAGAUGGGCAUCGCUGAUUCUCCAGUCCGGGGGCCUGUCAUGCAAUCGGCUGCUGACUAUGCACGGAUGCAGCCUGCACUUGUUGGUGAGCGCGGUGGUAUAUCUUCUUCUGCCGCUGCUGCUGUAGACCCAUCACAUGUCAUGCAAGGGGCAGCCCCGGGAUUGGCUGGUGUCAGUUCGCAGCAGGUCUACAUGGGAUCACACCCUGUGAAUGAGGCUGACUGGCGUUGA